GGGAGAGGGAGGGGAGGGUUGAGCCGAGGCAGGGAGAUGAAACCAGCUUAGAGUGAGAGGAGGAGUGUAUGAGAAAGAGCGGAGCGCAUGUAUAGCGUCCCUGUGACCUGAAGAAAAAGAAAGGAGGAUUACACACGUCCCUCUUCUUUUACCGUGUGACAGAGUGAAUGACAUAGAGAGAAAAAGAGAGAGAGAGAGAGAGAGAGAUAGGGAGUAUGAGGAAAAACUGAAUUCAAGAGGAAAUCUUCAUAGGACACUGGUGACUCCGCUGACAGAAGGACAGAGACAGAAGGAAAGAAGCUCAGGAAGACAGAAGGAAGGAGAGCAUGCUGCUUUGGGAGAGGAGCGUGUGUCCCCUGUCCUGGAGCGUGUGCGUGAAGAGAACGGCGCAGGAUCACUGUCAUGUCAGCGUCUAGGAAGCUUCAGCGAGCUCACUGAAUGAAGACAUGGCCCAGGCAAAAGGGCGGAGAGAUGGAGUUCCGUCGUCCAACGAGAAUGCUCGUCAGAUGUCUGGGGAGGGCGUGGCGUGGAAGGGUCCCCGUACUGUGGUCCUGCAGAAGAAUUCUCAGGGCUUUGGCUUUACACUGCGACACUUUAUAGUGUACCCACCAGAGUCUGCCCUCCACACUUCUCUGAAGGAUGAGGAGAAUGGCAAUGGGAAAGGGAAUCAGAGGGGCCGUCUUGAGCCCAUGGACACUAUUUUUGUGAAGAAUGUGAGGGAUAAAGGCCCUGCCCACCAAGCUGGGCUUUGCACAGGUGAUCGACUGGUGAAAGUGAAUGGGGAGAGUGUUCUGGGGAAAACGUACUCUCAGGUUAUAGCACUGAUCCAAAACAGUGAGAGUGUGCUGGAGCUGUCCAUCAUGCCUAAAGAUGAGGAUGUGCUCCAGUUGGUAAGUGCGUACUCUCAGGAUGCCUAUCUAAAAGGGAACGAGCCGUACACAGGAGGGGCCAAGAACCUUCCAGAACCUCCUCCUAUAUGCUACCCGCGCAGCAAACCCACUGCUAGUGGCCAGCUUGACAACCUAAACUGUAGACCGACUGGCCCGACCAGCCCCUUGGACAAUGGCACUGGGGGUGCAGGCCACCGCCCGGAUGCCCCAGCCCAGCACGCUCUAGGCCACCACCGCGCUCGCUCUUCAUCCUCAGCAGGCAUAGCCAUCAGCCCGCUGGACUUCCACUUUGCCAACCACAAUGCAGCCAUUGCCUCCGCCUCGCUGCCCCACCCGCGGAAAAACAGCCUGCCACAAGCACGCAGUGACCUGUGCCACCAGGCUCUGUGUGACUGGUACUACAGCCAGGCAGCAGAGCGCCCGGGGCUGCCCAUGUCCUCCCGACACCGUAGCGUCUCUCAGGACAGGCUGGCUGAGCUAGGGCUGAUACCGGGUGGACGUGAUGGCUGGCCCCACAGCGCCUCUCAAGACACGCUGCUUCUCCACUAUGGAGCGGUCAACCACUCGGACUCACACUGGCUGGGCAGGUGGAGAGCACCCGGUGCCUCCAACCGCUCCUGCUCAGAGAACCUACUGGCUGCUUAUGCUGCGUACGAACAAAGCUACGGGCGCUCCCUAGAUACUCUAGAUCAGGCAACUGCUCUGGUCUCACCUCGCUAUGACAGGUCAGCCUGGUCCCAGCACCAGAAGAGCAACCAGCCAGUCAAGACUGAGGAACGACCCAGCUUGAGCAGUCAGCGGACUGUUGUUUCUGCAACUGUGCCCCCCUCAGGCCGGGGCUCCAGCCAUAGCCAGCAGCAGACUGGCUCUCAAUCUCAGUCCAGACGUCUGCCUGCACAGACUGUAGAUGACCAGACAGUUGGUUACCGCAGCUACAGUCCCUCUUUUUGCCGCAAGGCGGGCCACCUCAUGCAGCAGGCCCACUCCUUUAAAGACUCUUCCUACGCAGGACCUCACCUGAGCUGGACUUCCACGCCCAAAAGCAGCCCCCCGGACAGCUCUAGUGCAGCUUCAGGCAGAGAGUCGUCCCCUCUGUCCCUGUCAUCCACCACCGAGACGCAGGAUUCAAAGCCAGGCUCAGGAGUUGGAGGAGCAGUAGAGGAGCCUGUUCAAUCUCAGACACAAGAGGUGGUCCUUAGACAAAAGCCCCCCACUGGCAGACGUACACCCCAUGCAACGCGCCACCCCAACUACGCUCUGCCUGUGGACUCGGCCGAGCCUCCUGCAGCUUCAGCCCCUGCAGCGCGGCAAGCAGACCCCACAAACCGAACCAAUGGAAACCUACAAGCCCUGUCUGUGGAGCAGGACUCCUUGGCAUCUAUUCCCUUUAUAGAUGAACCCACCAGUCCCAGUGUAGACCUGCUUGCCCAGCACGUUUCUGCCUCCUCUGUGGUGUCCAGCGGCCUGUGCCAGGCUCCUGCCCUCUCCGGCCGGUCCGAAUCUCCCUCCCUCACCUCCCCCCUCACCCACCUCCUCCACACAGACUGGUGCAAAUUUAACAGACAUCCAGUCAAACACUGGCAAAUAUUGCUAAUGACUGGCAAUGUCAAGAACAGCCGGCGCUCGUCGUACCUCCUGGCCAUCACAACUGAGCGCUCGAAGUCAUGUGACGAGGGUCUAAACACGUUCAGAGAGGAGGGUCGUGUGUUCUCGAGAUUACCGAAAAGAGUCAAAAGCUUUUUUACAGAUGGGUCCCUCGAGAGUCUGCGAGCAGCAGAGGAGGCUCGUUCCAAACGCCACUCCACCUCUGAGCUGGGAAGCAUUACUCUCACGGACAUCAGGAAAGAGGGCUGGCUACACUACAAACAGAUACUCACAGAGAAGGGAAAGAAAGUUGGUGGUGGCAUGCGGCCGUGGAAACGGGUUUACUCUGUUUUGCGCACCCAUUCGCUCUUUCUCUACAAAGACAAGCGGGAGGCAGUGCUGCACGGCGCCGGGUCGUUUGGCCACGGUCAUGGCCACAGCGGUCAAUCUGAGGAUGAGCAGCCGAUCAGCAUUCGCGGUUGCUUGAUUGACAUUGCCUACAGCGAGACAAAGCGGAAACACACGCUGCGGCUGACCACUCAGGACUUCUGUGAGUACCUGCUGCAGGCAGAGGACAGGGACGACAUGCUGAGCUGGAUCCGCGUCAUCCGAGAGAACAGCAAAACUGACAACGAGGAGCUAGGUUUCACCAGGCAGGCACUCAUCAAUAAAAAACUGAAUGACUACAGGAAACAAAGCCCAACAGGUAAUAAACCAGACACUUCUCCUAGAGUCCACCGGAUGAUGCAGCCUUUUCUCCUGUCAAAGACAGACAACACCUCAGGAGCAAACCGUGCCCCCAAAACAGACAGCAAAGAGGAGAGCAGUCCCCCUAAGGCUUCGUGGAGCAUCAACAUUAUGAAGAAGGGAAAGAAAGCGGGUCCUAAAGCCUUUGGAGUUAGGCUGGAGGACUGCCCGCCGGGUGCCAAUAACAAGUUUGUUCCUUUGAUUGUGGAGAUCUGCUGUGGCCUGGUGGAGGAAAUGGGUCUUGAGUACACUGGUAUCUACAGAGUGCCAGGGAACAAUGCCAUGGUGUCCACUCUACAGGACCAGCUCAACAAAGGCAUGGACAUCAACACUGCUGAAGAGAGAUGGCAGGACCUGAAUGUAAUCAGCAGUCUCCUUAAGUCUUUCUUCAGGAAGCUUCCAGAACCUCUUUUCACUGAUGACAAAUACAAUGAUUUCAUCGACGCCAACCGGUUAGAGGAUGCAGGAGAUCGGCUGAAGACCAUGAGAAAACUGAUCCGUGACUUACCUGAUAAUUACUACCACACACUUAAAUUUCUGAUUGGUCACCUUAAGAGAGUGGCAGAUCAUUCCGAGAAGAAUAAGAUGGAACCCAGAAACCUUGCUCUAGUGUUUGGCCCCACACUGGUGCGAACCUCAGAGGACAAUAUGACAGACAUGGUCACGCACAUGCCAGACCGCUAUAAGAUUGUGGAAACACUCAUUCUACAUUUUGCCUGGUUCUUCAGUGAUGCACUGGAUAAAGAUGAGAAGACCCCUGAGGACCAACGAGAUGAGCAGCCUGUUCCAAAUAUUGAUCACCUCCUCUCCAACAUUGGCAGAACAGCACCGAUGGGCGAUGCCUCAGAUUCCACCAACAGCGAUUCAGCUAAAUCCAAGGGAUCGUUGAGUUCAAAGAAAGACGUGAGUGCCAAGGACUUCCUCCCCAUGUCCAUCGUAUCUGCCAUGACCCGGAAGAGAAAGAAGCACCAGAGCACCUGCCCUGCGGAUAGCAGCAGUGACGAAGAUUUAGAGCACGAGCCGGUCAAAGCCAGCAACUACAGGGAGCUUGGGGAGGGUGGGGGUAGUGAAGAGGGAGACGAGGAGACAGAGUGCCCUCCUUUAAGCUCAGAAAGUCAGGCUGAAGAGGUGGAGGAGAAGGACGGAGGAGGAGAGGCAGGCAUGGGGUCAUGUGAAGGGGCAGGACAAGAAUUGGGAGGGAGGGAGAAUGCAGCUUGUCAGCAAGAGGAUGAUGAUGGUAUACAGGUAGACACUGGUCUGAGGGCACAGCCGCGUCCUCGUAGCUUUCUCUACUCACACCAAAGCUCCAUAGGCCUGAGAGCCACAGGUCGUCCUGCCAGCCCGUCCUCUUCCUCCUGCCCCAGCAGUGCUCACAGAAACGGCCAGACAAACCCUGUGACACGGAAGAAGCUUCGAGGAGAAAGAGUGCGCCCCCGCUCUCUGUACGGUGAGGAUCUAGGGCUGGAGCGGGCCUCUGUAGGACUGUCCCGCGUCAAAGCCUCGCUUGUCCGAGGGCAGGAGAAGCUGCUACAGGCCAUGUCCCCCAGCCGUGAUCCCCCCGUCCAGCAGAGCUGGCUGGGCCAGGUGCAGGCCAACCUCCUAGCCUCUGCCAACGACCUGUGGAGGUCAGGUGCCCAGCGACGGCACAGCUCACCAGAGACGCGUCGCAGGAGAAGAGACUGGAGACGCCACACAGUGGUGGGCAACGUACCUGGGGAAGGCUGACCAAUCACAUAAAACCACACUAAAAUCUAAUACAAUAACCCAGUUGUUCCCAAGACUGGUCCUGCAGUACUCUUGGCCUGCAUAUUUUAGUGUUUUCUUGCUAUAACCCAGCAAAGAAAGGCUUGUUAAAGAGGAAUUCAACCAUUUUUUCAAAAUUUCUGCGAAAUUAAAUUGUUCAGCUGUAAACAAAGUCAUUCAGAGUGGUUUGAUGUGAGAUGUAUGAUUUUAGAGAAACUUACCAAGUAAGAAUUGUGGCGACAGGAAGCGGAGAACUAAAGGAAUUAAUGCCUCCAAAAGUUACCUCACAGAAAGUUAUUACAUGAAAUCAUAACAGACAUGCUGUCUGUUGUCUGAGACAUUGUUUUAUGAUAAUUUGAGAAGGUUUUUGGCCUAAAGCAUGUUUUUUUUAAAACCCCAUCCAUGGUAGAAUGAUGUGUAGGCUUACUGGUGAUUUUGGAUAGUAAAUAAAAUGACUACAUUUGCAUUGUAGACAUUGUGACCACUGGUUCUUAUUAUCCACCACUGGAAAGUUAGUAAGUCUCUAUCCAAUGCAGCAUUUCACAUCAAACUGGUCAGAAUUGUGUUUACAUCUUAGUGACUGAAUUGUGCAGAAAUUUUUGAAAAUCCAAUUAAAGUGUAAAUUGCAUGGUUAAAUGAGUACCUCAGUGUUUUUUAAACUUAAUCUCUAACUGUAGCAUCUGUAGUGCGAAUUUGAUUACCAGACAAUAAUUUUGACACUGUUCCCUGUGCUUAGAAAAGAACAUUGCUCAAGAAUUUUUCAAAGAUAUUUAUAAAUUAAGCUACAAUUCUGUUUAAUUUGUUCUUUUAGUCAUGAGACUUUUCACAUGCUUCUCUUUGAUUACUAUAGAUACCAGAAACCUUGAAGUGAACGACAUUUGGAGUUCACCUCAUGAAAGUCUGGACUGGAAGAAAAUCCUCCAUUUUGCUGCAUUUAGCCAGCUAGCCAACUUGCCAGCCAUAAACAAAAAACACAAUUACACAUAAGUAGACUAGGUAAUUAUGUUCUCAUGAGAGUACAAUGCUGUCUACAGAGUCGUAGCAAAAAAGUGUAGAUAACUGACGUGGUCGGUGGCAGCAGCAUGACUGGAGUGUGCAGCUGUGCUUAGCUGAAUAGCUAACCUAGCAGUUAGCCAGCUGGCUAAUUCACCUACCACAAACAGUAAAAUCACAAAAGUAAAGAUAAUAUUGGUAAUAUUAUGUAUCAUGCAGUCUCUAUAUUAUGUAUUUUAUAAGGCCAGUGGGGAUUAAUUAUUUGUACUUAGACACUGCUACACAAUGUCGCUCUUUCAGAGGACGUGAAUUCACGUAUCGAAUUUUGCCAGCGCUGGACUCAACACAAAGUUUCACAUCCAAAAUUUAUUCACUCUGGAAGUCUGCACUGCAAAACCGCCCGUUGCUACGAAUUUCAUGGAAAUAAAUGUAACACGAACAUUCUUUUACAGAAUUCAGAAACUGGCCGUUGGCUUGUAUAUUGAACAAAAAUUUAACACAACACUUGUUUUUACUCCCAUUUUGCAGUAGUUUGAUUUUUUCCCUAGUAAUGUCAGGCAAAUAGUGGUCACACCAGAUACUAAUGUGGCAGUUUUAAGCAGUUCCAGUAAAAUCUUUUCAGUAAAAAGUGUUGCAGCCAUAUAUCUGUUCAGUAUAAGUAAAUUUUGAGUCAACUGCUUUCCUGUUUAUUUCUAAACACAGGGAACCCUAUUGAAUUUAUUGUCUGUGGUAAUCAGUGGUAUGAAACAGAUGUGGCAGAUAGAGAUCAGGUUGAAAAACUGGUUGAUCAGAUGUGUUAGAGCAGCAGAUGAGUAGAUGCAGGAGGGGGCUACUCCAGGAACAGGGCUGGGAGUCACUACAUUAACACAACAAAAAGCCUGUGCCAAUCAGAUUCCUUUAGCUGAGGAAAUACAUGCCCUACUCAAAAAAAGAGGUCUCUAGGUGGAAGGUUCAGUGGAAGUCUUAACCGAAGGGAAGCUUGACUAUAGCUAAAUUCAUUUCAGUUAUUAAUUGCAUAAGCGCAGCAUGCUGAAAAACCAACACAUUUCAUGCCACAUUUAUGCAAUAAAGGCUUAAGGCCAUUCAGCAUACUGCACUGGUUGCAAUAAAUAACCUGAGCCCUUUCCAGCUUAAUUCCUGUCUCUCUUCUCACCCCCACAUCCACUGGAGGAGGGUACUUUAUGCCAAAAGCAACGAAGAGAGCAGGAUCCUCAUUCCAUAUCAGCAAGACUUUGCA